CCUCCAAACAUUUCUCUCCAAUUCGACCUCUCAUCCAGGCACAUCCUGACACUUUCCCUCAUCGGGUAUCGCUCCAAUGCCCAACUUGGGCUCUUCCUAUCACGUGCAUGCACAGUCGUGCCAGGCAACCAGGCACGCCAGCAUGUAUAUCAUCCAUUGACUUCGCGCGUCUUCCCUCCUUUCUUUCCUCACCACACCUCGGGUCGCAAAUAAUACCACAAGAAUCUUCAGACUUUCAUUGAAUAUCUGGAGAUCUCUUCCAGGACCCUGUCAAUCAUUUGUGCGUCAGUUUUCAACCCUCGACACUCUUUUCGUCACUCAUUCAAUACCCCACCAUCCCGAUAAGAUUCCCCAGCCUCACCGUCAAUCACCAUGGCAGCCAUGUUCAAGCGCUCUUUCCGCUCGAAUGAUCGCGUGGAUAAGGUUGUCAAGCUGAAGAAGUCUUAUAAGGAUGCCGCGAAGUUGUCGAAAUUGCAGAAGUCGUUCGAUCGGAGCCCGCCAGUCGGGAGUACUCUGACCUCGCCGAUAGUAACGUUCAAUGUCGGCAAGGAGGGACGGCUUUUCGCAGCCCACGAGGAUGUUCUCUCAGCGUCACCGUUCUUUGCGGCCGCUGUUAGAGGCCAAUUCCUCGAGGCCGAGAGUAAGAGGAUCGAUCUUCCAGACGAGGAACCAGAAAUCUUCUCCUGUGUUCUCGAGUAUCUUUACAAGGGCGACUACUACCCCCGCUUGUUGCAUAACAAGCGCAGGAACUCUUGGGAACUCGAGGAUGCGGUGAGCUCACCAAAUCCAGAAAAUACAGGUGGCCGCGGAUCCGUCGAGGCUACAACCUUCAUCUCCAGCGUGGGAGAACACCUUCUGAAGGACACCGUCAUAUACUGUGCCGCGGAGAAGUACGGCUUGGAGGAACUCAAGCGCCUUGCGCUUCGGAAGCAAGGUCUGCAGAGCGGAAUCGAGGUCGCUACUAUUCUUCGUAGUGCUCGGUAUGCCUAUGACAACACGCCGGACUCGGACUCCCGGCUCCGCGCUCAUUAUCUCGCCCUGAUCAUCAGAUGUCGCAAGACAUUUAAGAGGAGCGGAACCAUGCAGACAGAAAUGGAGAGUGGCGGUAAACUUUUCUUUGACCUUUUCGUGGCUCUAUGCAAUCAUGUCGAUGAUAUUGUCGAGAUGGGGAAUUCCAAAUCUCCCAAGACCAUCUAAAGUUGUGUAGAGUUUGCGUCAGGUACUCAGCUCCGGUGUCAAAUUGUAUAGAGGACGAUUGCUAUCUCCAUCAGAUUGGACCAUUUGGAAAUAGCGCAUCGUCGCGCAUUUCCCUUCAUCACAUGAGGUUGGCCGCCUUCCGAUGAUACAUGAGUAACAUCAUCCUCCACUCUUUAUAAUACCCCUGCUUUGCUGUUUUGGUUAGGAAUGGAAGGAAUGCGUUUGCUUUUUUGAUGUCUUGGACUCUUGGAUCGCAACGGCUCUGUGGGCAAGAUUGUGAACGGGAGGGACUCAACCACAAGUCGGGCGACUUCUUCGCACCACUCAAUCUCCUUUUUGUUGGGAUGCAUG